CUUUCUGUGCUUCUGGCCGCUCCUGUGAAUGAGCAUGAUGUGAAAUCCCUCAAUCACUCACUGCAAUCAGAGCAGAGGCUUCUAAAAAUCCAGUUUUUGAAAAGGCACAAGCUGGGCUGGCUUCCAUCGUCUCUUCAGCAUCAUCUUGCAGUCCAGGGACGUUUUUCCUCCUGCUGCGAACUUUUCAGAGGACCCCUGAAGGAAUUACUUCCCGAACAAGGGUUAGCCUGUAAUUCCCAUUUUGCUGCGCCAGGAGCUGUGAGGGACUGCAAACAGCUGAGGCUGCGCGAUGCUCAGGAUAACAAAGGAACCGAAAUGGAAGAUGUGAGGCCCAAAAGGGCCAGCGAGUUUUUGCAGAGAUGUGUCAAACUUGAGGAUAACGAAGGAGACGCUCAGCCUAAGGAGGAGAUCAUAGAGGUGCGAGCUCUCCCUAUACUGACUCCGUCCUACGCUCAGACCGUGCAAGAGGAAAUCUCGAUGGUCUUCAACACGUGUGCCAUGCCAGCCAACCUGGGCCCGUGCACCAGGAGGAGGCGCGAGAAAGGCAGUGGCCACGACGGCACCAGCACCUCUCUCUACGUCGAUCGCCGCAAAUCCAAAGUAUGGAACUAUUACACCAAGCUGGGCGACGCCUACGUGGAGUGCAACGUGUGCAAAAAGCAGCUGUCCUUCCACAACAGCACCACGACCAUGAGGGAACAUCUGGUGAGGAAGCACAGCAUCCGCGACACCUUGCUCUCGCAGCUGAAGGAUGACCAGGUUUCGGAGACGGACUACGCGGCUCAGGAGAGCGCCAUAAAGCGGGCCCGCCAGCUGACCCCCGAAAGCAACAAUCAGUACCACUCUGGGCCUUGCCCGGAACCCAGGACCGAUGUGAUCUUGGAGCUGGUGCUAGAAAUGAUUUUUCGGGAUCUCCAUCCCCUCUCGGUUGUGAAAGACAAAGGCUUUGGCCUCCUCAUUGGCUACCUAGAACCAAGUUUUAUUCUCCCGUCUCCGAUGCAGCUCUCGAGCAUGCUGUGGCACCGCUACAACGUGGUCAAGCAGCACCUGGAACAUUACCUGCAAACCGCCCAGUCCAUUGUGAUCUGUGCUGAGUUCUGGCUGUCUCAACCCAACCAGACCUACUUGACCAUCAUGACCCAUUUUAUCGACGGGGAGUGGCGGCGAGCCAGGUGCAUCUUGGAGACCCAGCAGGUGCACGAGAACAAAGCCGAGAGCCACUUGGGAGACCGGCUCUACUCGGUCCUGACGGACUUUGGAUUGUCCAAUAAAUCCGUCUUCUGCGUGAUGCACGACAGCCUCCAGGAUAUGGAGGCGAACGCGUCCCAACUCAAAGGCGUCUACGGCUGGACCAGCCUCUGCUGCGCCGCCCACCUGCUGCAUCUGUGCGUCAAGGCGGGGCUGGAGGUGGAGCAGGUGCAGGAGGCCCUGAGCGCCGCCCGGAGCAUCGUCUGCUACUUCCAGCAGGACGCGAAAGCCACCUGUUCCCUCAACAGCAAACUGGAAGCCAUUAACAAGACUAAGCUGAAGCUGGUGAUGGACACUGGGGCUCGGUGGAUAACCACCAUUGAGAUGUGCGAAUGCCUCCUGGACCUCAAGUGGGCCAUCAUGUCCGUCUUGGAGGAACACCCCAAGGGAACAUCCGUGGUCCAGAACUUGGCCGACCACCAGUGGAAGCUCUUGCAGGACCUGGUCCCCGUCAUGAGGACGCUUAAGAUCGCCACGUCCUUCUUGAGGGAGGAGCAGAACUUCUCCAUCUCUUCUCUGAUGCCCUGCAUCCACGGGAUCGUCACCGCCAUCGGUCAGCAAUCGGAAGAGGCGAGCGGCAUCAUCAAGACCGUGGUGGUGAACAACAUCAGGACCGAGCUCACCCAGCGCUGGGGGAUCCUAGAUGACGAGAAGCUGCUGGAGAGCCCCGCCGUGGUCGCCUCCUUCUUAGACCCCCGUUUCAAGGAAAUGCGGUUCCUGAGCCCCAGCCUCCGGAGCGAGCUGCACAAGAAAAUCAAGAGCAUGUUGUCCCAGUUCUUCAACCACCCGUCCCCACUGGCCAACCAAUUCUGGGUGCCGAAUGCCGAUUACAAAGCGGAGGUCGGAGGGGAUGCGGCCGGCCAGCUUUCGGCCCAUAAGGAAAGAGGUCCGAGCGGGCAGUCCCAGAGCAUGUACGACAUCCUUUUGGGGAAAGACCCGACGGAGAGCAUGCCCGAGAUCCAUCAACAGCUGGAGAACUACAUUGUGGAGCCGCUCUGCAAGCGGAGCACCAACCCUUUGGACUGGUGGAAGAAUAACGAGCACCGCUUUCCUUCCGUAGCCAGAUUAGCCCGGCAGUAUCUGGCCAUCCCGGCGACGGUCGUGCCGCCCGAUCAGGCUUUCGCCGCCAGCGAGAGUGCCCUGGAGCACCGGAGAGGCGUCCUCGCCCCUGAAAAUCUGGACCAAAUCCUCUUUUUGCACCAAAACUUCGAUUUCUUAGAAUCCAUGAGAAAUGGGAACGAGAGCCUGAGUAAAACGGUGCACAACCAGUACUGAAGAGCGGGGUUGUGGGACGAACCGACAAAACCACCCUUUCCGUUCAAGUGGGGGUCUGUAACACUUCGGAGCGCGGAGAGAGGGGCUGCAGAGUCAAACAGACCGCUGGACUGCUGGCUCCUUCCGCAUAGUCGUAGAUCAGAAUCUGACCUUGUAUGCUAACGAAAAAGCAAGUUUGCUGUCUACACUAUACAGACCAUCAUGUCUUGGGCUGUAGUGGUGGAUUCUUUUCUCAGCAAGAUUCAUUUUCUCCCUUGGAAGCGAUGCAUGAGUGGAAGGAGGUCUCAGGGGAGUGGGGACGGUGUCUGGUGUUUGCAUUUUGGAAAGGGACAAGGGAAUCUCUAGAAGACACGCAGACGCCUUGAGGAUCUGUCAAAACCUAAAAGGGGAACUAUAGACCUACGCACCUAUUUAUCUCAGCAAGGACGUAGAUAGGGAAGGCAUAUAGAAAUUAUUUCAGAGUCUACAGAUCUUGGUGGGUCAAGUGUGUUGCGCUUUGUAUGUGUGUGUUUUCGUCCACCUUGAAGAUUCCUAUGAGGCCCUUUUCACUGAAGGAUGAUAGGUAACCCCCCGGCCUCCCCAGCCCUCUUGGCUUGGAAGCCUGUAGAUUCUUACCUUCCUUGGCCACAAAUUAAACAGGUUUGCAACGGACUGGAUUUGGGGGAUCUGAUGAUAUCUGGAGGGGGGAGGAGUUCUUUACCUGUGCUGGGAAGGAAGACUUUUCUGGAGAGCCUUGUAGCCCUCUGGCUUCUAAGACCCGGCGGUCCUGGAGAGGUGAGGCCGCCCCUCGCCUUGUCUCACUCGGGACCACCUCCCGUAGAGUCCAGUAGGCAACUCAUCGGUUCCAAGAAUUCCACCAAGAACUUAAGGCAUGGGUCUGAUAGCAGCUUUUUCUUUCACUUCUUUGAGACUUAGCAGUAGAAAGGGGCACGAUCCAGUUUGUCCUGAUUCGUAAAGGUGGCAAGUGCUGCUGCUCCCGUCCCGCACCUCCUCUGGCUCAAACAGCCACUCGCCAAGCCCAGCGCGCUUGGCUUUUUUCCACCUCUUCAGCUAAUCUCCCAAUCAGGAGCGAGAGCAGGAGAUCAGCCAAGACGGCGGGGGCAAAGAAGCCUGAGCUCUUGCCGGGACUGGAAGAUCAGUUGAGGAGGGGUGGAAAAAACAUGCCAGCCGGGCCUGACG